AGGGAUAAAGAGCAACCGAAGACAGCCGAAGGCAAAAAUUACAACUCCAGGCAUCUGACAAAUAUUCAGACAUAACCUGCUCUCCAGGAGAUGACUAUCCGGAACUUCGCCAUUGAAUAUGAUGCCUUAAAUGAUCGCAACACCUUCAGCAAUGGGGACACUUUGGCAGGCAGGGUUAUUGUGGAGGUGUCAAAGCAAACCAAGAUAACAUCGCUUACGGUGCAGGCGAAAGGCAAAGCUAAUGUGGCAUGGACUGAGACACAUGGGGAAGAGAGUGUGACGUACUGGGAUAAAGAGAAGUAUUUUUCACAAACACAGUCUGUCUUACCGGAGGAUAAAGCAGAUGGUUCUGUGACUCUUGUGGCCGGCAGACAUGUCUUCCCUUUUGCCUUUCAGCUUCCCAACCAGAGUCUGCCAUCUUCAUUUAAAGGCGUUCAUGGUAAAAUUCACUACAGACUUAUGGCCAAGUUGAGCAGGUCUUUCCGUGCUGCGAGCAAAGCUGAAGCAAAGUUCACGUUUGUCGCCAGAGCUGAUUACGAUCCAUCAACACUGACAACACCUCAACAUGGCAGUAAAGACAAGAAUGUCAUGUUUUUUGCUUCUGGAAAUAUUUCAAUGGAUAUUUUCUUGCCAAAGACAGGCUACCAGCAAGGUGAAGGGCUUAUUGUCAAUGGCGAGAUUGUCAACAGCUCAACUCGCAAAAUUGUGCCAAAGUACAUUAUCUACCAGAAGCAGAGCUUUUUUGCUGGAGGCCAGAGAGCUGUGCACACCACAGAGAUACUAAAGGAGAAAGGAGAGCCUUUAGUGUCGUCCACCAGAGAGAAUCUGUAUAAAGUGUUGCCUCUUCCUCCAGAGAUCAGCUCCACCAUACACAACUGCAGGAUCCUCAAAGUUGAGUACAGGCUAAAGGUUAUUUUGGAUGUUUCAUUCACUAAAAACCCUGUGAUUAAACUGCCAUUUAUUGUACUGCCUCUGUGUAACGAGACCUCACCCAAAGCGAUUGAAGAAGGAUUAUACCCAGACCUUGCAAAAAUGAAGAUUUCCAAUUAAUAUAAGCCAUAAACAGCAAUUUUGUUUACAUUUACUGUAUCAGACACAGUAAAAAAAGUUAUUCAUAUGAAAGCAUGAAUCCAAUAUUCAAACAUGUAAGGUGUCUAUUUAUGUUAUAAAUGAACUUCUGCAAAAAA